GCUUGCUUUCCUCCUCAUCGCCGUCAGCCAUGGCACCCUCCGCAUCCAAACAGAAGCGUCUUGCUGAGAAGGCUGCGAAAGGUGCCGCCAAGAGCAAAGGCAAGGGCACCGAUGCGUCCUCCACCACCGACACCCCCACUGGCAGCACCAACGGCAGCACCGCCAGCACGCCGAUGACCAGCUUGUCUGCAGCUACCAGCAAAGAAGAUCUCAGCGCGAUGGAGAAGCUGAGGAUUGCCACAGAUCGGAGCGCAGCCGGUGUGCUCGUAUCCGAUCCCAAGGGACGCGACAUCAAGAUCGACUCGUAUACGCUGUCUUUCCAUGGUCGGUUAUUGAUCGAGAAUGCCGAGAUUUCGUUUAACUACGGCAAUCGUUACGGAUUACUGGGAGAAAAUGGUUCGGGAAAGUCCACUCUUCUGCAGUCCAUCGCAGAUCGCGACAUUGAAAUCCCCGACCACAUCGACAUCUACCUCGUGCGGGGAGAGGCAGAGCCCUCAGAUGUCAACGCGCUCGAUUUCAUCGUUGCAUCCGCGAGGGAAAAAGUGGCCAAACUCGAAGCCCGCAUAGAAGAACUCUCCAUCGCAGAUGACCCGGACGAUGUCGCCCUCGAUCAGGCCUAUGAGGAGCUCGAAGAACUCGACCCCUCCACUUUCGAGACUAAGGCCGGCUCCAUCCUUCACGGUCUCGGCUUCACGCAGCAGAUGAUGCAAAAGCCUACCAAAGACAUGUCCGGUGGUUGGCGUAUGCGCGUCGCCCUUGCCCGAGCGUUGUUCAUCAAGCCUCAUUUGCUAUUACUUGAUGAGCCUACCAACCACUUGGAUCUCGGUGCCGUCGUCUGGCUCGAGGCAUACCUCAGCACGUAUAACCACAUUCUCGUCAUCACAUCGCACUCCCAGGAUUUCAUGGAUGAAGUCUGCACCAACAUCAUGGACCUGACCCCGAAGAAGAAGCUGGUGUACUACGGUGGUAAUUACUCGACUUACGUGAGAACGAAGUCCGAGAACGAGGUGAAUCAGAUGAAGGCGUACCAAAAACAACAAGACGAAAUCGCGCACAUCAAGAAGUUCAUUGCGUCCGCCGGUACAUACGCUAAUCUCGUGAAACAAGCCAAGUCCAAGCAGAAGAUCAUCGACAAGAUGGAGGCGGACGGCCUUAUCGAGAAGAUCGAGAAGUCGCGCCAGCUCCGAUUCCACUUUGAGGACAUCCACAAGCUGCCGCCUCCUAUCCUGGCUUUCGACAACGUUGCGUUCUCCUACUCCGGCAAGAAGGAAGACUACCUGUAUCAGAACCUGUCUUUCGGUAUCGAUAUGGACUCUCGUAUCGCCAUCCUCGGUGCCAACGGUACCGGCAAAUCGACGCUCCUUCACCUUAUCACCGGAGCUUUGCAACCCUGCGAAGGCACCGUUUCCCGGCACGUCUCCCUCAAACUUGCCAAGUACUCUCAGCAUUCGGCGGACCAGCUACCAUACGACAAGAGCCCGAUUGAGUACUUCCAGGCCCUCUUUUCCCAGAAGUACCCGGAGAAGGACUUGCAAGCGUGGAGAGCGCAGCUUGGGCGAUUUGGUCUUUCGGGCCAACAUCAGACAUCGCCGAUUGCUCACCUUUCCGACGGUCUCCGGAACCGUGUCGUGUUCGCACAGCUUGCCAUGGAGCAUCCCCACAUUCUGUUAUUGGAUGAGCCGACGAACCACUUGGACAUGGAAUCCAUCGACGCGCUUGCCGUCGCGAUCAAGGAGUUCGAGGGUGGUGUGGUCAUUGUAUCGCACGACUUCCGACUCAUCAGCCAGGUCGCCGAGGAACUGUGGGAGGUGAGGGACCGCAAGAUCCGCAACCUCACGAAGGAGGACAUCACCAUCGUCGACUACAAGAAGUCGCUCAUGAAACAGUCGGAGGCCGCGAUCGAGAAGGCGAAGCUCAUCAGCAAAAAUAUGGCGAAGGCCAAGACAUAGAUGGGUACACACACGUCCCUUCGGCUCAUUAGUAUAUCUGCCUUCGAUUAGUUUGUUCACUCCCCAUCUCGGAUGUAGCUACACAUUGCAGAUGUAUAACCACCUUGUGCACGCCAUGUACUUCUAUACCCCAUCACUUAGACGGUUUC